AUGCAAUUAAAGAGUAUCGCUUACCCGGCUUGCCCAGGAGGGCCAGCGCAUAAAUGGGCAAAGCCAGGCGCGGGUGCCGUCCUCCCCAGCAUGCAGACCUCCGGGAGCCAGCCCUGCCCCUGCCCCAGCUUCAGGCUGCGGGAAGUGGCAUCCAUGUACUUCACCAUGAUCGCGGUGUUCCUGGUCAUCUUGGUGGUGGCCCUGCAGGGCUCGGUGCCCCGUGGGAGUGAUUUUCCCUACAAGGUGCCCCUCGAUCCCCAGGGGCUGCUUGAGCUCUCCUGGAAUGUCAGCUAUCCCGAGCAAGCCGUGCAUUUCCAGCUCCUCGUCAGGGACCUGCAAUUCGGGCUCCUCUUCGGGAUGUCGGACAGGGGCGAGUUUGAGAACGCAGACCUGGCCGUGCUCUGGAGCGACGGGCACAAUUCCUAUUUUGGGGAUGCCUGGAGUGAUGCCAAGGGGCGGCUCCACAUGGACUCUCAGCAGGACUACCAGCUCCUCGGGGCUCGGAAGGCUCCCGAGGGGCUCUACCUCCUCUUCAGAAGAGCCUUCAGCACCUGUGACCCCAAGGACUACCUUAUAGAGGAUGGCACUGUGCACCUUAUCUACGGGAUCCUGGAGAAACCGGUCCAUUCCCUCCAAGCCAUCAACAUCUCUGCCAUCCACAGGGGACUGCAGAGAGUGCAGCUGUUAAAGCCCAACAUCACCAUCCCUGAACUGCCCAGCAACAUGAAGACCAUGGAGAUAACGGCCCCUGACAUUGUCAUUCCCAGCCAGGAGACAACCUACUGGUGUUACAUGGCAGAGCUCCCAGACGGCUUCCCCAAACAUCACAUUAUCAUGUAUGAGCCAGUGAUCACGGCAGGCAACGAGGCCCUGGUCCACCACAUGGAAGUCUUCCAGUGCGCUGCUGAGUUCGACAGCUUCCCCCAUUACAAUGGGCCCUGCGACUCCAAGAUGAAGCCAAACCGGCUCAACUACUGCAGGCACGUGCUUGCAGCAUGGGCCAUGGGAGCACAGGCUUUUUACUACCCCGAAGAAGCAGGUCUUGCCUUCGGUGGCCCGGGCUCCUCCAGAUAUUUGCGCCUUGAGAUUCAUUACCACAAUCCCCUGGUGUUCGAAGGUCGCCGCGACUCCUCAGGGAUCCGCCUCUACUACACGGCCACCCUGCGACCCUACGACGCCGGCAUCAUGGAGCUGGGCUUGGUCUACACGCCGGUGAUGGCCAUUCCCCCGGGCGAGGACGCUUUCAUCCUCACGGGGUAUUGCACUGACAAAUGCACCCAGCUGGCUCUGCCCGCUGCUGGCAUCCGCAUCUUCGCCUCCCAGCUCCACACUCACCUGGCAGGAAGAAAAGUGGUGACAGUGCUGUCCCGGGACGGGAGGGAGCAGCAGGUCGUGAACGCCGAUGGUCACUACAGCCCUCACUUCCAGGAGAUCCGCAUGCUGAAGGAGGUGGUUGCAGUUUUUCCAGGCGACGAACUCAUCACGACCUGCACAUACAACACGGAGGACCGGAGCCGAGCCACCGUGGGCGGGUUUGGCAUCCUGGAGGAGAUGUGUGUGAACUACGUGCACUACUACCCCCAGACGCAGCUAGAGCUGUGCAAAAGCUCUGUGGAUCCGGGCUACCUGCGUCGAUACUUCAACCUCGUGAACAGGUUUAAUGACGAAGAGGUCUGCACGUGCCCGCAGGUCUCCGUCCCGCAGCAGUUUUUCUCCGUGCCCUGGAACACAUUCAACAGAGACGUGCUGAAAUCCCUCUACGACUUUGCUCCGAUCUCAAUGCACUGCAACAAAUCCUCAGCUAUCCGGUUCCCGGGCGAGUGGGAGAAGCAGCCGCUUCCCACCAUCACCGAGAGGCUGCGGGAGCCCGUCCCUCGCUGCCCGCCCGCCCCGGCGCCUCGGCCUGCUGCCCCCGUCCCCCUCAACCUGGGCGAGCUCAGGAGGGACUGACCCGAUGCCUGCUCCUUCCAUCACGCCGGGAAGAGCCUCCAGGCAGGAGCAUCCACAGGGAACCUUGUCCCUUCGCUCUCCCGGCAUCCCUGCCCGCACUGCGAUGCCGGCCGGUGCCCUGGCCCCUGUCUCCGGAGGGGGUUAGAGCUCACGAGCUAGAGUUCAGAAAGUACUCUGGAGAUGGAAGGCGCUAUAUUUAGCGCGUUAUUAGUAAUCCUGGCUCUGAGUAAUGCUGCUUUCCGCCCCCAGAAUAAUAACGUGGAGGUUUGCUAUUGUGCCGAACCCAGUGCGGCCCCAGGGAGGGGGGAGAAGCCUGCUUUCCCGCAGGGAAACUGAGGCACAGAGCAAAGAGCUGUGUGGGAGCAGCAUACAAGCCUCCCCAGUGCCCCGCGGUCCCGUCUAGCUCGGGGCAGCUCCACGGGCGCUCUCCCACACCGGCACCCGUGGCGGGGAUGGAGGGAGGGAUGCCACGACGCCCACCCCACACUCGCCUCCCCGCUGCAGGGACUGAGCUCCCCGCCGCGCUCCUCCUCCCACUCCCCCGUGCUGGGGAUUAUUCGUCUUGACGCCACCAGAUGCCAAUGGCCGGGAA